CCAGUACUGCUGGCUGAGGGAAUAAACUGACUGUGAUAAAUGGAAACAACUGGUCUGAACAACAGAAGAAGACUUCGAGUAUAGGCUAAUAAUUCAAAAGCCCUGGUAGUUUUUCUUUAAAUUAUUCCUUCUCUAAGAUCAUUUCUGUUUGUUAAUAGCUACAGGAAGACGUGCUGCCUAAGAAAGAUGAAUUUAGAGCAGUGUUGUUGCAUAUGCAACAUAGUUUGACCGGCUCUGAUUGAGACGGUACGUGAAGUUAGUUUCGUUUUACAUUACUGCGCGAGUGUGUGUGUGUGUGUGUGUGUGCGUGCGUGUGUGUCUCCUCAGUUUACCGGGGUGGCUCGAAUCAUUUGAGCGCAGUUGUUUUAAGACUGUCACGGAUUCGCUCCCUCGCUCGUUCAGUGGCACUUACUGGAGGUGACAAAAACUGUGUGAGGGUCUUGAUCAGUGCCUGAAAUAUGUUUUCCCGUUGCUUCUUUACGAUGACUCUUCUUUAUUUUCUUCUCAGCAGUGGGACAAAAGCCACAAGCCCUGUGAAUGUGAGCGUGACUGUGGAUGUCGUCCCUGUCGCUGGACGUCUUGAGGUUACUUUGGCAACCUGCACAACUUCUAGUACGAAGCCUGCUGCCGAGGUGUCAUGGAAUUUGGGCGCUUUAUCUGAUUCUGUGAAGGUAUCGACAAACACUGAGAAACAUUUAGAUGGGACGUUCACAGUCACAAGCAGUCUGAUUGCAGCUCCAACGGUACAGAUGAAUCAACAACAUGUCCAGUGUUUGAUCAAACAUGUUACAAUGAAAGAGGAACUACAAGUUGAUCACAAGAUCACUGUACACUAUCCACCUCAGCUGGUCUAUGUGACACCUUUCAACAAUCGCUCUAAUGCUGAGGUGUAUCAGUGUGAGGCAGAUGCCAACCCUUCAGCCACACACUUCAGCUGGCACAGCACACACCAGACAAUCCCUAACGAUGCCAUUAAAGCAGAAGGAAAUAAACUCUACUUCUUGAAACUGACGUCUGACCUCAGUGGCCUGUAUAUCUGUGAGGCUUCAAACGAGUACGGAGAAAAGACGGAAGACAAUCAUUCUGAGCUCUGAGUCCUUUAUACUGGAUGCAAUUCCAUAUUUUCUCAGUGUCAUCAGAGUCCCUUUAAGGAAAUUCAGAAAUAAAAGCUGGCGGCAAUUGUA